AUGCGAAUCCUACCGUCUGUCAGCCAGAGGAAUAACAUGGUUCUUGUGCCUGCUACAGUUGGUUGGAAAGAUGCUUUGGCUGAAACUGAUAAAAUUACCCUAGAGACUGCAAAGCUUUUGAGGAAGAUUAUCUUGCCCAGAACGCAUUUACACCGUGAGUGCCUAUACGACAAAUUCUGCCCUUUCUACAAGUCUGUUUGGAUGAUGCGCAACAUUAUCCAUUUCUAUAAUUUGGCCAAUCAGGCAGUGGAGCGAGGAGCUGGAAUGGAUGGGCAGAAGAUAACCUACACCCUAAUCAAGCACCGGUUAGGAGAUCUAUUUUAUCGUCUAGUGUCUCAAAAAUUUGAGGAUCCAGCUGAAGGGGAGGAGGCCCUUGUGGCAAAGUUCAAGAAGCUUCAUGAGGACCUGACUGCAGGUUUUCGCAAUCUUGAGGAUGAAACCCGUUGA